UAAACGGGGGAAAAAAGUUUGUCAGUCUGCUUCGAUUUUCCAGGCGGUUUGGUUGGAGAACGGAGGCCUGUGUCGACCGAGGCUCCGCCGGAUGCGACCGAUCCCGAGGACCCCUUGGACGUUGGAAAGACUCCUGUCUUCGUUUCUGAUUUCUCUCUACUGUUUAUCGAUGACGAAAAACGCUCGAUAGAACCGACGCUUAGGAUCUCUUUAUCCCUCUUCUCGCGGGGUCAUUUCACCGGACGAGGAUUAUCGUUUGACGAGUGCUAUCAUCCACAGACUUCCGUGCCCUUUUACCAAUCAUGGCGACGUUGAUAAGACGCAUCUACGAGGCGUACUGUUACGUGAACGACGAACUCUCAGAUCGUAGGACCCAGGACUUCUUCCUCAUCGGUUCACCAUGGGCCUGCCUUGGCAUAAUAGGCUUCUACUUGUACUUCGUACAGGAUCUAGGGCCCACGCUCAUGGAGAAGAGGAAACCCUUCGAACUGAAGAGGAUCAUGCAGAUAUACAACCUCGUUCAGAUCAUGUGUUGCUCGUACGUGCUAUACAAGGCGUUGAUCAUGAUAUGGAUAAUCAAGUACAACAUAGUCUGCGAGCCAGUCGAUUACUCCUACACGCCAAACGCGAUCGAGGUAUCCAGGACGGUGUGGUUAUACUUCAUAAUUAAGAUCUUCGACCUCCUGGACACGGUGUUCUUCGUUCUGCGAAAGAAACAGAACCAGGUCUCGUUCCUACACGUCUAUCACCACUCGGGGAUGGUUUUCGGUACCUGGGCGACCACCAAAUUUAUGGCUGGAGGACACCACAUAUUCUUAGGUACGCUGAACUGUUUCGUCCACGUGAUAAUGUACAGCUACUACCUGGCGACGUCCAUGGGGAUAGGGAAGCCCUGGUGGAAGAAGCACAUCACCCAGCUGCAGUUGGCUCAGUUCUUCCUGUUGCUGAUCCACUACGUGACGCUGGUCGUGGUGGACGACUGUGGAUUCCCGAAAUGGACGUCCGCCGUGCUGAUACCCCAGAAUCUAUUCAUGAUGGUCCUAUUCGGCGAUUUCUACUACAAAACGUACAUCAAGAAACCGAUCUCGAAGGUCUCGCAGAACGGUUUCGCGUCGGAAGGGACGAACGGGAACCUAAAAAGCCAAUUCGAGUGGUGGGGCCAGCGGACGAAGAUCGAGGCUCUGCUCCUAUUAGUGGCUACCUUCGUCGCUGGAUCAUCAGUUUUUGGUUCGCGGUCUCUCUUUCAUCAUCAUCCUCCGCGGAUCGCCCGGAACUGGACAGGGAAGCGACUUCGAUGCGGUAGCGUUCCGAGAACCAAACGAUUCCUGCUGGUGGAGCUAAGUGUUCGUUCUGAAAGCGUGCGUGUGAAAUCCGUCGACAUGGCGAGCCUGAUUCGCCUGGUUGUCAGCAACUACAGGGAAAUGUUGGAGAUCAAUAAAGUAAUUAUGGUGGACACCUGGCCAAUGAUGGCGUCCCCCGGGCCCAUGUUGUGCAUCGUUGGGUCCUACCUGGCCUUUGUAUUGAAAAUUGGACCGAAAAUGAUGGAAAAGAGGCCACCCUUCCAGUUGAACGCCCUGCUGAUCGCUUACAACGCUUUCCAAGUGGCCUUCAGCAUCUGGUUGACUCUCAGGGCAGGGGAGCCAGGCUUGGCGCGGGUGAUGCUAUCGAGCCAAUGCAGCAAUCCUAAUCGAACACCCACGGACAUACAUCUACACACAGCUAUAUCGUCUACAGCCUGGUGGUACUUCAUCGCGAAGAUCACCGAGCUUCUGGACACGGUGUUCUUUGUGCUCCGAAAGAAGCAAAAUCAGGUCACCUUCCUGCACGUGUACCACCACGCGCUCACCGCUGUCUUCUCCUGGUGCUACCUGAAAUUCCUGCCCGGCGAGCAGGGCGCCAUGAUCGGUUUCUUGAAUUCCUUCGUCCAUAUCGUCAUGUACUCGUACUACUUAAUAGCAGCCCUGGGUCCAAACUACAGGAAAUACUUAUGGUGGAAGAAAUACAUGACUUGGAUCCAACUGAUUCAAUUCGUUAUGAUGCUGGGGUACCUGACGAUGACUCUCGCGAUGGACUGCAAGGUCCCCAAAGCGCUCACCUACUUCUUCAUGGCGAACGUGGUGAUCUUCAUCUACCUGUUCAGCGACUUCUACAGGAAGGCGUACAAGAAGAAGAGCGUCUAACGCAUCGACGCGCGUUCUAACGCCAAUGACUUAACGGUCAAAGAGAAAACAGGUGGCAGAGGACAGAAAUGGAAGUCGUAAUGGGGGCACAGUGCGUCGACGUGGACCUGGGAACGUUGCACCGGUGACCAGUGAUCGAAUUUAUGUUUUGGAAACGUACGUGACGUUUCGAAGAUUGCUCUUCCUGUGGAGAAAUUCGCUCCUUAGAAUCUGUAACAGCCUUCUAUCAGCUUUCAAUCGACCUCCACAUUCGUAAAGAAGAAAGAAUCGAGCUUUGAUGAAGCGUUUAACCCCUUGCGCUAUUCUGAAAUUCGGAAGAAGCCGUGCCUAACCCAUACGCCCGAAUGGUCGGAACAAGCCCUAAUAUCGAAACUUGAAACACGAUAUGUCGAUCGACGGAAUAUCGAUAUUUACGAGUUCGACUCGUGAUAUUCAUGUUUUGACAAAAUGUCGAUUACAAGUCAGACACGUGUUAUUCACAUUUGAUGUGAAAUUGAAUAACGAGCUUGACUCGUGAAAAUAGUGCAACGGGUUAAGAAAUAAUUCAGUCAGAAUAACAAGCAGUGCAUAUACGAUUAACUUCCUUGGCUGUCGACGAAUUUAUAAUUUACAGAAUCAUGCACUGCAUUUAUGAAUUUUUCUAUCUUCAGGGACGAAGUUUACAUAAAUUUUUAAUCGAACAGCGAAGAGGUCAAUGAACAAUGCAGGUCGAGGCUGAUCCAGAUUUUCGGGAGUAUCGAUUCUCGAAGUGAUUUUAGGUUGACGUCAGAGAUUCGAAUUCUGGCCCCGUUCGGGGAAAUCGGUUUCACUGUUUCUCGAGACGAAGUAACGGGUUCGUGGAGCGAACUAGGCCAAUAGGUCCACGGUCGAAGGCGUCGUCGGGGAGCGGCUGACAACGGAGCCUUGACCAAGCCCAAAUAGCCCGGGGCACUCGCUUUUGGCUCAAGUGGGCUACGACCCGACGAAGAAAGCGAAGAGGCGGCCGUUCCAUCGCGGAAGUCGCCAUCAGCUACCCAGAGAAACGAGAAACGGUAAUCGCUUUUUCCACGUCGAACGAGCCAGCUCUAAACUAUAACACACCCGUGCAAGUUUGCAAAACCUAAAUUCUGAUUUACGAGAAGUGCAGCUGUGCGGCAGCAAUACAUCGAUCCGGAGAACCGUUAACUGCAAUAAUAUUGCAAAGUCCCGUACGGAGGCUGUAAAGAUUGUCCCCGAGCGACGUUUACGACGUGAAAGUAAUCCUUUUAAUGUGCAACGUGAAAUUUCGACCUGUGGAAUUGAGAAGUAGAUAGACGGUGGUAUCGUGAAUCUUACAAAAUUAUUAUUUAACGCGAAUGAUAUUGGGAAGCGAGUCACUUUGUGCCAAUCGGUCUCGAACUCGAUCGAUCUCGUCGAUCCGCUCGAAAACUCGAACGCCUUCGUCGAUCGCGUGAUUUCUUUGAUUUUUGAGCGAAUCGACGAACAUUUUUUUUUUAUCAAUUCGGUACAUCUGUCACGUUUGACGGUGUUCGAUACGAUUGGGAUCGCUGCCGUCGAUCGUGACACGUGCGAGAAUUUUGCGUAUUUAUAAAGAAUUAACGGGGGUACCAUUAAGAUAUGUAAAU